AUGCAGCCAGCAGUGGAGACGAAAGAAAAGUCAGUGGUGACCACCAGUGACCCCGAGAUAGCCGAGGGAACGACAGCGACGACGGCAACAGAGACAGGCGCAGCAGCGGCAGACAUCGAGGCACCACCGUCCUCCUCCAGAGUCCGACGAUGGAUCCGCGCCAUCGGCGCCGAGGAGGGUGGCAUAGAGCGGGUCCCGGAAUGGAUGCGGACCGACCAGUCGCCGCGUGACCUUUUCAGCGUCUUCUUCGCGGCCAACUGCAACACGGCGUCGCUGGCGCUGGGCUACCUGGGCCCGGCGGCCUUCCAGAUGGGGUGGUGGGACUCGUUCGCGGCGAUCCUGCUCUUCAACCUGGCCGGGGCGGCGCUGCCGGCGCUGGCGGCACGGCUGGGGCCCAAGCUCGGGCUGCGCACCAUGACGAUACCCCGGUACAGUUUCGGUUGGUGGCCGGCCAAGGUGCUCGCGCUGCUGAGCGCCAUCAACCAGAUCGGCUGGGCCAUCGUCAACGCGAUAUCCGGGGCCGGCGUGCUGUACGACGCCGGAGACGGCGACCUGCCGCUGGCGGCAGCGGUGGUCGUCGUGGCCGUGGUGGCCAUCGGCCUGGGGCUGAUGGGCUACCACGUCGUGCACGUGUACAUGCGGUGGUCCUUCUACCUCGUGUUCGUGUGCUUCGUCAUCAUGGCCGGCUUCGGGGCCGGCCACUUCGUCAACGUGGCCAUGCCGUCGGGCCCGCUCGAGGCGUCCAGCGUGCUGUCGUUCGGCACCGCCAUCAUCGGCUACGAGAUCGCCUGGCAGGUCGUGGCGGCCGACUACGGCGUCUACAUGCGCGAGACCGUCUCCGGGUCCCGGUCGUCGGCGUGGAUGUUCUUCGGCCUCAUCAUCCCCCAGAUCACCAUCGAGUGGCUCGGCGCCGCCGUGGGCACGCUCAGCCGCAGCCCGGACCCGCGAUUCGCCGCCGCCUACGCCUCCCGCGGCAUCGGCGGGCUCAUCGGCGCCGUCUUCGACGGCAGGGGCUCCGCCGUCAGGGGCCUCGGCAAGUUCGUCGAGGUCGUCCUCAGCAUGUCCACCAUGGCCGUCAUCACCGCCAACAUCUACUCGCUCGGCCUGAGCGUCCAGAUCAUCUCCAACCGACUCAUGGCCGUCCCGCGCUUCGUCUGGUGCCUCGCCGGAAGCGCCGUCUUCCUCGCCUGCUCCAUCGCCGGCAGGGACCACCUCGAGGCCGUCAUGGAGAACUUCCUCCUGAUCUGCGCCUACUGGAUCAUGCCCUUCGCCGUCAUCGUCAUGACCGAGCACUUCGUCUGGCGACGCGCCUACCAGUACGACCUCGACGCGUGGAACGACCCGUCCAAGCUGCCCUACGGCAUCGCCGCGUCCGUCUCGUGGGUAGUCGGCACCGUCAUCUCUAUCCUGUCCAUGAGCCAGGAGUGGUGGGUCGGCCCCAUCGCCAGCGGCAUCGGCGGCUCCGAGGCUGGCACCGACAUCAGCUGGAUAUUGGCCUUCUUCAUCUGCCCAAUCAUCUAUGUCCCGCUCAGGAUAUGGGAGAGGCGCAAGUGGGGACUGUGA